AUGGACGACACUGUAGAGCGCAACCGCCUGCGACGCGAGCAAGCGCACGAGGCCGAUGUCGUUGUCGUCGGCGCAGGUAUCUUUGGCUGCGCAAUCUCCUACGCCCUCGCGAAACAGGGGCGCUCCGUCAUCCUGCUCGAACGAUGGAUGCACCAGCCAGACCGCAUCGUGGGCGAGCUGCUCCAACCGGGAGGAGUAGCAGCGCUCAAGAAACUGGGAUUGGGGCACUGCUUGGAGGACAUUGAUGCAAUCCCCUGCAAGGGGUACACAGUUCUGUACCAUGGCGUGCCAACCAAGAUUUCGUAUCCCACAAUCGACGACGACGGUCAAGUUAUUCAUCAAUGGGGCGGAUCAGGCAGAGAAGGAAAGAGGCCUGUCGGACGGGCUUUUCACCACGGCCGGUUCAUUAUGCAGCUGAGGCGAGCGUGCGUGGCGCACCCCAACAUCACCGUGGUCGAGACCGAGGUCACGAGCACAAUACGGAGCGAAGUGAGCGACGAGGUCCUCGGCGUCGAGACACGGACGACGAACAAGGAGACGGGCGAGAAGACACGGGACUGUUUCUUUGGGCAGCUCAACAUCAUCGCGGAUGGGUACGCCUCCAAGUUUCGCAAAGGGGUCCUUGACGCCACGCCCGUCGUGCGCAGCAAGUUCUAUGCUCUCGAGCUCAUCGACUGCCCGCUCCCCGAACCCUUCCACGCCCUCGUCGUGAUCGGAAACGCAUUCCCCGUACUACUCUACCAGAUUGGCAGCCGCGAGACGCGCGCGCUGAUCGACGUCCCCGCAGACAUUCCCGAGGCCAGCCCCGCGGCCGGUGGUGUCAGGGGUUACAUCAACAACUGUGUCCUGCCCGCCGUGCCGGAGCCUAUCCGGUCCGCAAUGGUGACCGCACUCGCCGACGGCAAGAUCCCCCGAAGCAUGCCCAACAGCUGGCUCCCGCCCUCCAAGCAGUCGACCGAUGGCCUCAUCCUCCUCGGCGACGCGAUGAACAUGCGUCAUCCACUCACGGGUGGCGGCAUGACAGUCGCAUUCAACGACGCUGUCAUGCUGUCCGACCUGCUCCACCCGAGCCAGGUCCCGAGCCUGAGUGACUCGCAGGCCGUCCGGUCCGCCAUGGACACGCUCUACUGGAAGAGGAAGCGUCUCACUGGCAUCGUCAACGUGCUUGCCCAGGCGCUCUAUGCGCUGUUCGCCGCCAAUGACACCCAGCUGCGCGCGCUGCAGCGCGGCUGCUUCGGCUACUUUGAGCGUGGCAUGACCGAUGCACCCGCCGGCUUGCUCGGCGCCAUCCUCCAGCGCCCGGUCGUGCUGGCCUACCACUUCUUCAGCGUUGCCUUCCUGGCGAUCUGGAUGAACGCCUGCGAUGUCGUCGGGUCCAUUUGGGGUAUAUGGAAGGCCCCGCUGGCUCUGAUCGACAUGGUCCUCAUCUUGUGGAAGGCGUGUGUCGUGUUUGUGCCGGUGAUGUGGCGCGAGGCGUGUAGGUGA